CGGUUGCUAUGGCGAUGGCCAAUAGCAAGCCUGUGUGUAGGAGUUUCCAUCUGGCUCCGAAUGCAGCAUGACCUGUCGGAUAGACACAAGCAGAGGCAGCCUGGCUCCAACAGGGAUGAAGGAUCGAAUCCUGGAACUAAGAUAUGUGUUUCUCAUGUUAAAAUAUACCAGACUUGAAAUGGAAGCAAGCAAAGGCAUGCAACAAAGUAAACAAUAAAAAACACUCACAGUUGAUAUAAAUCUUUUGGUACUACAUAUAUAUAUAUAUUAACAUGUCAGAAUGUAAAGUGGUCUGUUCUGAUGAACCUUUGUCACAACUGGGAGAAAAUGACCAAGUUAGCAAAUACUUUAGAGGCUAUUCCUCUAUGGGAUUCCUCCGAAAAGGUAGAAACAAAAGGAAGCCAAGUCGAAGCAAUCUGUGUAUUAAACCCAAGGACUUCAAUGAAAGUGACAAGAAAAGUGCUAACAUAGGGGCAAAAAAAGGUGAGGUUCUUGGUUUGGAAGAAGUCUCUAAUGAGUUUACUUGUACCUCAUCGAUUAUGGAAAACUACAGCCUAACUACUAAUAAAGAGUCAAAAUUUAGCUUCCGCAAACUAGAGGAUGGCACUUUCGCCUUAGAAACCAAGAGCCCAAGCGAGCUUAAUCCAGACAAGAGUGAGUCUGGAAUUUUGAAGAGGUCCACAAAGAAACGGCACAAAAAAGGGCGUCAUUCCCACAAGCCACUUAAAAUAUGCUUCAAAAAAAGAAGUAAAGCUCGUCGAAAGUCUUCAGAUUCGAAUGAUGAGUACAGAUCAGAUCAUAAAACAUUAACAGGCUCAACUCUACAAGAGGACAACAGUUGUUUUGAGGACAACAAUGAUGACUGUUCUGAACAAGAUCAGACAAAAAGAAAAACUUGGGCAACUUUAAGAAGUCUGGUAACUCGAAGACGAAAGUUACGAUCUUCAGUAAAAAGACAAUCCCAGUUGAGUGGAAGACACAAUGAAACCAACACAGGCAAUGCUUCCAUUCAGGAGAUUUCAAAGAAGAAAACAUUCUCCAACAUAAGGAUUCCAUGCAUGAACUUUUCAAGAGGGAAAAGAUCCACAAAUAUCCCAUUGCCUUCUGAAGACACUCUUUGUACAAUCAAAUCCACAGAUACCAGUGGAACGGAUUCAGGACCUGACUGUGAUAGAAGUGACAAGGCUUUGGCUGCUAAGUAUAAACUUCAGAAGUCUUUAGAUAUAGAAAAUGGCAAAAUCAGUAGCAAUCUUGAAAGUGGUUUACAGACAAGCAUAGAUCCAAAGUCAGAAGACACACAGAAGCUGUCAAGUAGGGAUUCCAAAAAUAUACAAAAUAUUCAAGAAACCAAUAGGCCUAAACUAAAGGAGAACUUAAUUAUAAGUGAUGAGGUCCAACCUAAGACUGAAUCCCAAAGUAGGAACAUUAAAGACUCCCUUAGAGACUGUCCAGGUGACUUAAAAGUCCCUUUGAUCAGUAUCACUGAAGUUUCCAUCAAAGUUGAUACACCUUCAGAUGUGUAUGAAAUGCUUCUCAUAUCUACAGCUGCUUCUCUUGUCAAUAAAGUUAUUGAGUCAUCCAUACAAAAGUUGAUUGAAGAGGAUACUUUCCUUAAUCAUGUUCCGGGCAAGGACUCUGGAAGAUUCUAUAUUUAAAAAAGAUGUUUUAAAAAAUACAGAUCUCCACUAUGAUGUUAAAUUCUGUGCCUUUAAAGAUGAAUCAACAUUCUGAAAUGCAGCUUAGUGGAAAAAUAUUCUCUGGAGUAAUCGAAACUCCAAAGAAUGUGAAGGUUCUAAUCAAUUAUAAGUUGAUGGUGUUUGUACCUAUCAGUUUGAAAUGUUUCCGCCAUAGCUGUCCUGCCUCCAGUAUAAUGUAUUAUUAUAUAUUGCUUUUAUUAAAAUGUUUAUUUAAGUAAAAUGAAAAA